AUGUGUGCCUCAGAGAAGCCACCCUCACUCAUCAUCACUAUGGAGAGCUUCACUGCUUUUGCCAUCUUUGCUCUUGUAGCCACCGCAUGGGCUGCCCCUCCACCUGUCGGUGAUCAAGCAGGGGGAAGAAAGGUGGACUGUUUCAAAUACAACACAACAGGCUCUGAGUUUGCAUGCUCAAGGAAAUGGGAGCCAGUAUGUGGCACAGAUCAUCGCACUUACAGUAACGAAUGUAUGUUUUGCAUGCUAACGCAAAACAAAAGAUUUCCAGUCAGAAUACUUCAAGAUAAUAAAUGUGAUAUUGAGUGCCCCCAAUAUUCUGAAAUGUGUACCAUGGAAUACUUACCUCUCUGUGGAUCUGAUGGAAAGAAUUAUAGCAACAAAUGUUUGUUUUGCAAUGCUGUUAUGAGGAGCCGUGGUGCACUUUUUUUGGCAAAGCAUGGAGAGUGCCAGUCUCCCUGA